AUGAACAAUCUCACUUUCUUCACUGAGUUCAUCCUCCUCGGGCUGUCUGCUGACCACCACAUCCAGGCUCUGCUCUUUGUGCUGUUCCUGGGGAUUUACCUCCUGACCCUGAUGGGGAACCUGACGAUGAUCCUGGUGAUCAGAGGAGAUUCUCACCUCCACAUCCCCAUGUAUUUCUUCCUCGGAUACCUGUCCUUCCUAGGUAUCUGCUUCUCCUCAGUUACCAUGCCCAAAAUGCUACAGAAUUUCCUGUCUCAGAAGAAAAGCAUCUCAAUGUGGGGCUGCUUCACCCAGAGUUUCUUUUUUCUUUUCUUUGGGUGUGCUGAAGCCAGUCUUCUCUCUGCCAUGGCCUAUGACUGCCAUGCUGCCAUCUGUCACCCUCUCCUCUACACUGUUGUCAUGAACAGGCCUCUCUGCACUGCAAUGGUCGGUGCAGCAUGGAUGAUGGGGUUUCUGAACUCACUAGUGAAUAAUCUUUUCAUCCAUAAGUUACAUUUUUGUGGAUCCAACAUCAUCUCCCAUUUCUGCUGUGAGCUGCCUUCACUCUUCCCUCUGUCCUGUACUGAGCCCACUCUCAACGAGUUCCUUCUGUCAGGGUCCAGUGCAUUUCUGGGCCUGCUGACACUUCCUUUGAUCCUCUUCUCUUACUCCAGGAUAAUUUCUGCCCUCCUGAGCAUCCACUCCUCUGAGGGCCGAGGCAAAGCCUUCUCCACCUGCUCCUCCCACCUCACCGUGGUGCUGUUGUUCUACAGGACAGCUCUAUUCAGGUACAUCAGCCCCUCCUCGGGCUCAGUGUUGGAGCGAGUGGUCUCCAUUCAGUACAGUGUGAUCACAUCCUUGCUGAACCCCAUCAUCUACAGCCUCAAGAACCAAGAGGUAAAAGCAGCUCUGCAGAGGAUGUUGAUGCAACGAAUGUGCUCCUCAGAGCAGGGAUUCUCUGCAUGGUAUUCAGUCAGAGAAUGGGGAGGAGGGAUCUUCAGAAACACCUGGAAAGGAAAAAAACCAUUUUAG